AUGUCGACCCCCCCUCUGGCCGGGGCGGGGAUGCCGCCGGGCGCUUUCUCCGGGACGCAGGCUCAGGCUGCCAGGGAGGUGAACACGGCUUCCCUGUGCCGCAUCGGCCAGGAGACCGUGCAGGACAUUGUCUUUAGAACCAUGGAAAUCUUCCAGUUACUGAGGAACAUGCAGUUACCAAAUGGUGUUACUUACCAUACUGCAACAUAUCAAGACAGACUGGCAAAGCUGCAGGAACAUCUUCGUCAGCUAUCAAUACUCUUCAGAAAACUGAGAUUAGUCUAUGACAAAUGUAAUGAAAACUGUGCUGGGCUCGAUCCUGUUCCCAUAGAACAACUUAUUCCAUAUGUUGAAGAAGAUGGCUCCAAGCAUGAUGAUCGUGGUGCUGCAAGUCAGCUUCGUUUUGCUAGUGAAGAGAGAAGGGAAAUCAUGGAAGUAAAUAAGAAGCUGAAACUGAAGAAUCAGCAGCUGAAGCAGAUCAUGGAUCAGUUACGAAAUCUUAUUUGGGAUAUAAAUGCCAUGUUGGCAAUGAGGAACUGAACAAGUAAAAUCAAACUUUGUAAUGGAAGAAGAUACAAAUCUGUGUAGAUAUGCUUAAUGUCCUUCUAAGAAGUAACAUGUUUUUCUACAAUUAUAUUGCAGUAAUAUUUGAAAAGUCUUCAAGAUUAAAAUGUUGGGUUGUUUUCUAGUAAUGUAAAUGGUGUUGGGUUUGUUUUUAUAAAAGAUUCAUCGUAUGAGCUUUACCUGUGUGAUUCUGCUGUACAGCCUCAGUAAUUUGCAGUAGUAGUUUGGAUUGCUGUGCAGAUAGGGGGUUUUAUAAAUAAAGUGUUUCUGGAUUUUCUUUAUAAUACAAUUUAAAAUUAUAUAAACGUAUGUUUAUAUGUCAUUCUUCAGUGCAAAUAGCCUCUACUGAGAAGAAAAGUUGCAAGACAGCAAAGUUGUUCCAGUAAGCUAGAGGGCUGAAGUCAGCAAUCAGAUACUGCAGUUCAAUCUGCAGUAUUUUAUCCAUUAUCCCCAGUGCAGAGCAGAGUAGGGCAAUCCCCUGCCCUGCCUGGCUGGCAGUGCUGUUCCUGGUGCCCCCCAGGACAGGUUUGGCCCUCCUGGCUGCCAGGGCAGUGCUGGCUCAUGUUCAACUUGCCAUUGACCAGGAUCCCCAGGUCCCUUUCCAUGGAACUGUUCUCCAGCCUCUCAUGCCCCGGUCUGUACUGACAGCCAGGGCUGCCCUAUCCCAGGUGCAGAAUCCAGCACUUGCCUUUGUUAAACUUCACACAGUUGGAGUUGGAGCUUGCCCAACCCUUUAAUUUGUCGAGGUCUCUCUGCAGGGCCUUUCUGCCCCCCAAGGGAGUAGACAACUCAUCCCCAUUCAUUGUCAUUGACAAAUUUACUUAGUAUUCCUUCCAGCCCUGCCUUGAAGAGCACAGGGGCAAGGAUGGAGCCCUGCAGAACCCCACUAGUGACAGUCACUGGUGCCCCAUUCACUGUAAGGCUUCGUGCCCAGCCCCUCUGCCAGUUGCUUACCUAUAAUGUAACUCAGUUACAGCUGUGUGCUGGACAUUUUGUCCUGAAGAGAGACAAUAUCCAAAAGCAUUUCUGAAGUCUGAAAAGAUUACAUCUGCUGGCUUUCCUAUAUCAGCUAGGUGGGUAACCCUGUCGUAGAUGAAAAUCAGGUUCAACAAGGAAGCCAUGCUGGCUCUGAACAGCUGUGACCGGUGGUGCAUUUCUGUAGUGUUAUGAAUGGUUGGAACACUUUGGUUUUGUUUACCACAAUGCAUUGAAUAAAAACCUCAUUAAUAUUUUCCCUAUGAGUCCUAGUAAACUUUGGCUUACCUGAGUGGUUCAUUAUUUUGAGUUAAUCAUAAACCUUCAUCUUUCUUCUAACUUUGUUACUCCUCACAAUUUUUGUUUGCUGUGAAAAUAAUAUUGUAAAUUUCUGUUAUCCACAGAUGCUGCCAGUGUACUAUGUGUCUCUCCAGAUGAAAAAAUACAUAAAACAACAGUUUCAAUAUAAAUCCAUAGGGUACUUUAUUCCUGGUAUUUGUCAUGUUGAAAACUAACCAUCCUCAUGAUUUGUCUCUUGUGUAUCAGUUUUAACUCUUACUCCAUGCCCAGUCAGACUCCAUCGUAGUUUUGUGUGAAAAUUUUUUUCAGAACCUUCUGAAGUGUCCAGAUAAAUGGUAUCCUUUUAAAAGCUAACUUUCCUGCAGUCUGAUGGUUUGAUACUGAACAUUUACUGAUUUGAGGUUCAUGGAUUUUAAAACGUUACACUGAUUUUCAUGGAGUCAUAGAAUGAUUUGUGUCCGAAGGGACUCUGAAGAUCAUCUUGUUCCAACACCUCUGCCACAGACAGGGUUGCUCAGAGCCCCCUCGAGUCUCACCUUGAACAUUGCCAUGGAUGGGACAUCUGCAACGUCUCUGGGCAACCUGUUCCAGUGUCUCACCACCCUCACAGGUGUUUUGUUAUUCUGUCAGUCUCUUUAAUUCUGUUUUUAAAUAAUUUCUACCCAUUUGACUGAUCCUUCAGGUAAAAAUCACUGGUAACAGAUCCGAUCACACCUGGUUAACAAUAUUUGACUUUUCCCUGAAAAUAGGUUUUACAACAAUACAACAAUAUAGUUUUUUUCUCUUUUUAAAGGCUGUAAAUAUUGACAGAUGAAUGGAUG